CUCUAGAACCUUUGAGAGUUUUCAAAGUUUGUUUCUGCCAUUUGUUCCUGUUAGACAAGCGUUUUUCUUUCCCUUUCGUUAUUGUGGUUUCUAAAUGUUAGAUUCAUGCUGCACAGAAAUAUGCCUUCAACACUUUGGAUUCUGUUGCUGGGUAUCUUGUUUAUGGUCUCUGGAACAAUAGGAACUCCCCCUAAGAGGCCUGUAGCGGUCCCAUUCGGGAGAAACUAUAUGCCUACUUGGGCUUUUGAUCACAUUAAGUACUAUAAUGGAGGCUCCGAGAUUCAGCUGCACCUUGACAAAUACACUGGAACUGGUUUCCAGUCAAAAGGAUCUUACCUGUUUGGCCAUUUCAGUAUGCAAAUGAAGCUAGUUCCUGAAGAUUCUGCUGGAACUGUUACUGCGUUCUAUUUAUCUUCUCAAAAUUCGGAGCAUGAUGAGAUAGAUUUUGAGUUCCUGGGAAACAGGACAGGCCAGCCAUACAUUCUGCAGACGAAUGUGUUCACAGGUGGAAAGGGAGACAGAGAACAGAGGGUUUAUCUUUGGUUUGACCCGACCGAAGAGUACCACUCUUACUCUGUUCUGUGGAACAUGUAUCAGAUCGUAUUCUUUGUGGACGACGUACCAAUCAGAGUGUUUAAAAACUGCAAAGAUUUGGGGGCGAGAUUCCCAUUCAACCAGCCAAUGAAGAUAUACUCGAGCCUGUGGAACGCGGAUGACUGGGCCACCAGGGGUGGGCUUGAGAAGACCGACUGGUCCAAGGCUCCUUUUAUAGCCGCCUACAAGGGCUUCUACAUUGAUGGGUGUGAGUCCUCCGUGGAAUCCAAGUUCUGUGCCACACAGGGCAAGCGGUGGUGGGACCAGAAGGAGUUCCAGGACCUUGAUUCCUAUCAAUGGAAGAGGCUCCGCUGGGUCCGCAACAAGUUCACCAUUUACAAUUAUUGCACCGAUCGGGUGAGAUACCCUACCAUGCCUCCCGAGUGUAGUAGAGACGGAGACGUUUAAUUCAUCACCAAAUCAAAAGCCCCAUGUUGCCGGUACCAUAUAAGAUCAAUCUUGUUUUUUUAGCUCGACUGAUAGGGUUUGUCUUCAUUCAUGUGUUUCUACCUUCAUUGGAUGCCCUUUUUUAUUGAUAUCAAUUAAUUUUCUGUAAUUUUAGUCAAAAUGUUUGUUAUCAUUGUCAUGAUAAUAUUAAACCAUACUAAUAGUAUUAUUUUUGUGUUUAUGCACGGUGCAUAAAAUUAUGAUGAAUAAGGAUAAAAUAA